AAACCCUCUCUCUCUCUCUCUAGAGAACGCCCAAAAAGCUUCUCCCCUUCGCCCCUUCUCUCUCUAUCUCUUCACAGGGAGGCGCCAAAAACCCUUUUUAAUCUCCAACAUCUCUCCUCUCCCUCUCUCUUCAAUCAUCGGCGAUGAGCAUCGGCCUGGCAAAACCCUAAUCGCAAUCCGGGAAGAGCGAUUUGGCAAUCGGAUUUCGGUCGGGGCAAGCGAGCGGAGCGGCCUCUCCGAUGGAGCUGCAGAACACGGUGAAGGAGGCGCUGAACGCGCUGUACCACCACCCCGACGACGCCGUGCGUAUGCAGGCCGACCGCUGGCUCCAGGACUUCCAGCACACCAUCGACGCCUGGCAGGUGGCUGACAAUUUGCUGCAUGAUUCAACAAGUAAUCUAGAAACCUUGAUAUUUUGUUCCCAGACCCUUCGGAGCAAGGUACAACGAGAUUUUGAGGAACUUCCUUGUGAAGCAUUUCGUCCACUGAGGGAUUCGUUAAAUAACUUACUAAAAAAGUUCCACAAGGGCCCUCACAGAGUUAGAACUCAGAUUAGUAUUGCAGUCGCUGCAUUGGCUGUGCAUGUCCCUGCUGAAGACUGGGGGGAUGGUGGCAUCGUCAAUUGGCUGAGGGAUGAGAUGAAUUCUCAUCCUGAAUAUGUCCCAGGAUUUUUGGAGCUACUCACGGUGCUUCCAGAGGAGGUUACAAACUACAAGAUAGCCGCUCGUCCAGAAAGGCGCCGGCAAUUUGAGAAGGAGCUCUCAUCUCAAAUGGAAGUCGCUCUAAAUAUCUUGACAGCUUGUUUGAAUGUUAAUGAAGUUAGAGAGCAGGUUCUUGAGGCAUUUGCGUCUUGGCUUCGACUAAGGAACGGGCUACCAGGGUUGAUGCUUGCGUCUCACCCUUUAGUACAUACUGCUCUCUCAGGCUUGACCUCAGAACUACUUUCCGAGGCAUCUGUGAAUGUUGUGUCGGAAUUGAUUCACUUAACAGCAGCCGCAAGUUCUGGUGGGGUCGCUGUACAGAUGCCUCUGAUUCAAGUGAUUGUGCCUCACGUUAUGAAUCUAAAAUCACAGCUCAGAGAUCCUUCAAAGGAUGAGGAAGAUGUAAAAGCCAUCGCCCGUCUCUUUGCUGAUAUGGGUGAUUCAUAUGUAGAACUGAUUGCAACUGGUUCCGAUGAAUCGAUGCUAAUAGUGCAUGCUUUGCUGGGAGUUGCUUCUCACCCUGAAUUUGAUAUUGCAUCAAUGACAUUCAACUUUUGGCAUAAUCUUCAGGUUAACUUGACCAGAAGGGACUCUUAUGCUUCAUUACCAAAUGAAGCAACAAUUGAAGCUGAAAGAAACCGCAGGCUACAUAUUUUUCGGUCAGCCUAUGAAAAUCUCGUUUCUCUGGUGAGCUUUCGGGUUCAGUAUCCACAUGACUAUCAAGACCUUUCACAUGAGGACCUCAAGGAAUUUAAGCAUACUAGAUUUGCUGUUGCGGAUGUAUUGAUCGAUGCAGCAUCAGUUUUGGGUGGUGACACUACUCUGAAGAUUCUUUAUGUGAAGCUCAUGGAGGCUGUAGCAUGUUGUACAAAUGGUGAGCAGAGCCAAUGGCGUCCAGCAGAGGCUGCUUUAUUUUGCAUCCAUGCAAUAUCGAAUUAUGUUUCAGUUGAUGAAGCAGAAGUUAUGCCCUUGAUUAUGGCUUUGCUUCCAAAGCUUCCUCAGCAGCCGGAACUCCUUCAGACUGUGUGCUUGACGAUUGGAGCUUAUUCAAAAUGGCUUGAUGCUGCAUCAAGUGGACUCUCUAUAUUGCCUCUCGUCAUAGAUAUUCUAUUGAGCGGAAUGGGUACGUCUGAAGAUUCUGCGGCAGCUGCAGCUCUUGCAUUCAGGCAUCUUUGUGAUGAUUGUCGAAGAAAGCUCUGUGGAUGUUUGGAUGGCCUGUUUCAUGUAUAUCAUAGAGCAGUUAGUGGUGAAUUCAAAGUCUCUGCUGAUGACUCAUUGCAUUUAGUCGAGGCGUUAAGUGUUGUCAUAACGGAGCUUCCUCCGGACCAUGCAAAGAAAGCUUUAGAAGCAUUAUGUCUGCCCGUUGUUACACAUUUACAGGGGAUCAUAAGCCAGGGUCCAGAAGUAGUUGAGAAGAAACAUGCUCGUGAUUUAACUGUCCAUAUUGAUCGGAUUGCCUACAUUUUUAGAUAUGUGAAUCAUCCUGAAGCUGUCGCAGAUGCUAUUCAGAGGCUCUGGUCAAUUUUCAAAGCAAUCUUUGACCUUCGUGCUUGGGACAUGCGGACUAUGGAAUCUCUUUGCCGUGCUUGUAAAUACGCUGUUAGAACUUCUAAGAGGUUCAUGGGGAUCACAAUAGGUGUGAUGCUGGAAGAAAUACAAGGCCUAUACAUACAGCACCAUCAGCCUUGUUUUCUCUAUCUCUCUAGUGAAGUUAUUAAGAUAUUUGGUUCCGACCUUUCUUGUUCAACCUAUUUGAAAAAUUUGAUUGAAGUGCUUUUUAAGCAAACAACGUGCCUUCUCCCCAACAUCAAGGAGUUCACUGCUAGACCAGAUAUAGCAGAUGAUUGCUUUUUAUUAGCAUCAAGAUGCAUUCGAUAUUGUCCACAGUUAUUCAUCCCAUCAGAUGUAUUUCCUUCAUUGGUCGAUUGUUCAUUGGUUGGGAUUACUGUUCAACACAGGGAGGCCUCGAAAUCGAUAUUGGGAUUCUUAACCGAUAUUUUUGAUUUAUCACAAUCUCAUAUGGAUAAGCAAUACGUGUCCAUCAGGGAUAGCGUGAUUGUUCCACGAGGACCAUGCAUUGCAAGAAUUUUGCUGGCCUCAUUAACUGGAGCUCUUCCAAGCUCUAGAUUAGAAACAGUAGCAUAUGCACUAUUAGCAUUAACACGAGCAUACAGAGUCAAAGCAUUGGAAUGGGCCAAGAACGGCAUUUCGCUAAUUCCAUCAACAGCAGUCACAGAGGUGGAGUGCACACGGUUUCUACAAGCAUUAUCUGAUGCAGCAUUGGGGACCGACAUCAAUGCCCUGAUGGUUCCCAUAGAGGAGCUAUCUGACGUCUGCCGAAGAAACAGGACGGUUCAAGAGAUCGUGCAAGGAGCCCUGAGACCGCUUGAGCUGAACCUGGUGCCUGUAUCACAGUAAGGCUGAUCGGCACGGAGAGGCCAUUUUGAUUAGGCCUUACGCGUCAGUAUUGGUCGUCUUGUGCAUAAGGUUAUAAUUUUUUCUUCACGGUGCUUUUGAGUUGUCAUUCUCCGAUUUUUUAGGAGAUUUAUUUGCCCCCCCGUCGAAUGCUUUCGGAUGGGACAGACCGCGUUCUGUUGUAUUUCUAGUGAGGAUGGUUGAGAGUGGUUUCGGUUCUUUGAUUUAUCAAUUUUUGGGGUAUAAUUAUUUGUAUAGAGGAUUGUAAUUUCUUUCUGUGCGAUAAUUUACAGUGGAAAAAGAAAAUUCAGAAGUUGAAAGA